AUGGAGGAGGACAGCGCUGGAUCUAGCCGCGCGGCAAGGGAGGAGGCCUGCGCGGCCAAGGAGGCGGGAGGCGGCCACGGAGGGCGGUGGCGCGGCAGGCAAGGCCACGAAUGCACCCUUCACGUUCUCGGAGGCGACUAUGGAGGAGGGUGGCGCGGCUGUGGAGGGCGGCGGUCCGGCCAUAGAGGGUGGCGGUGCGGCCACCAAGGCAGCAGCGAGGGCACGGAGGCGACCAUGGAGGAGAUUGGCGGCACGGCCAUGGAGGCGGCCUGCGUGCCCACCGGGGCGGCAGGCGAGGGCAUGGAGGCCCGCGCGUCCUCGGAGGCAAGCAUGGAGGAGGGCGGCGGUCCGGCCAUGGAGGGCAGCGGCGCGGCCACCGGGGCAGCAGGCGAGGGCACAGAGGAGAGCAUGGAGGAGAUCGGCGGCGCGGCCAUGGAGGCGCCCCGCGUGCCCGCUGGGGCGGCAGGUGAGGGCAUGGAGGCGCCCCACGCGUCCUCGGAGGCGAGCAUGGAGGAGGGCGCCGCCGCCGUGGAAGGCGGCAGUCCGGCCAUGGGGGGCGGCGGCACGGCCACUCCCCAUUCUCGAAUUGCACCCUCCAUCUGA